UUUUAAAAAACAUGAUGAAUCUAAAUGACUACUCUAGUAAAGUCAAGAUGAUACUUUUCAUCUGAGAAAAUGUAAAUAAAUUCAGGCAAGCAGUUACAGAUCAAAGAAAUUUGUGUUUGAAUAUAUUCUGGAAAGAUGAAAGGAAAAAUUUACUAAUCGAUAGUUCCCAGGAAAUAUAUUCUACUAACAAAAAGUACAAAGUCUCAUUUAAUGAAAUCAUUCAUGUCAUAAUUGACUCAGACAAACUUAACUAAUUCAUAAUCACUUAAUAUUGAAGAGACUAAUUAUGGAGCACCCACUAUUUAGAACCUUAAGGAUUCUAAUUAGUUGCUUUGUAUUGUUAAUUUUUGCAACACUGGGGUUUUCCCAGGAAGGAGUUUUACUAGAAGAGGAAAACUGUGGAGCUGUCAUAGGACCGAAUGAAGAACCUUUCACAAUUCCAUAUUUGAGGGAAACAGGGAAGACCAACAUCAUUGCUUUCCAGGUUGCUGGUGAAGUAAUCAGACUAUAUAACAUUGAUGAGGAUAAAAGAGCAGUUCGUUACAACUUACAGAACUUCAGAAAGGAAGAAUCACCACAAAAUGAGCCAGACCUGAUUAACUAUUACAUGAAGAUAAAACUAAGACACAAAACGUAUGUCCAUAUCAAGGUUUCACAAUAUUUACCAGGUACUGGCAAACCUGAGAGUCCAUUUUUACGCUGGGUCGUGAAAGGGUUUAAGAGACGUGACUGUAUAUGUGGUAACACAAGAGACUGCAAAAUACCAAGGGGAGCAAUCAAAUCUGACAAAAAUGACUGGUGAAAUACAUGUUGCUAAAACUUUAAUGUCUAAAUGUAAACAACAGAAUAGUAUGUCUCAGGACAUUUUUCAGUUGCAAGGAGCAAAUAAUCAAAGGACUAUAAACAUUAGAAAUAUACUUUUUCUUUGAAGAAUGAACAUUUCACUAAGCUUUUUUACGUGCUUACUUUCGAAUUAACUCAAGUAUAUUAUAUUUACUUUUGCUCUUCUUUUUGUAUAAAUUCAUAUAGAACAUAAGAUCGACAUGGUAUCGACGUUAUAAUUAUUAUUCAAUUACUUUGUUAUUGUAUUUGGAAUUUUAGAGGCACAAAACUAUAAUUACUUUGUAACAGUACCAUUUAUUGCACACAUAGAGACCUGGGUUUGUUUGUUUGAGAAUAAAUGUUUGCAAGAUAAUGUGUAAUAUAAAAUACAUGUAUGUGUACACAAGAUAUAAAAAUUAAACAGGAACUAUAAUUUUUAGAUGACAACUAAAUUUAUAUCUUAUAUAUUCAUACUAUUUUGCAAACAAUCAAAUAAACUAUCAAUUUUAACAUGGGCUUUCUUGAAAGCUCAUGAUUUUACGAAAACAAUGAAUAAAUUAACCAAUAUAAAAUACUGACACUCACCUUAUGCUGA